UUAUGAACGAAAUAUGAAACGAAGUGUGUACUAGUUGGUACAUUAAUUUUGAAUUUAUUUUACAUUCGUUUGGAGUAUUUAAGUAGGUGUUUGCACUUUCUUGAGUGUUUACUAUUGAUGUGCUAUAAAAAAGUACUGUUUCAAAAACACAACUUCUGUUAGACAAUAACAUGUUUUCUUAAUUGAUAAAGAAUUGAUAAGAGAUAAUUAGUGUAAGGUAGUGAAAUGCACAGUGUUUGUUUUAGGGUGAUUUUGUGAUAAGACCCUGGACAGGUUUCAUUUGAAACAAUUGUUUGAUAUCCACCGAACCACUUUCAGUUUCAUUGCUGUUAUAAGGUAGGGAAGAGGUAGUGGUGAACAAGUGUGGUGGAUUACACAAGUGCUUUAGAGAUUUGUGAAUCUUUGGAGACAGACUAAGAUGUUGGUGUAGCCGUUUUGUGUGAGGAUUAUUCAGCUCCAAAUGAUGAAAAUCUCUCUUGAUGACGUGACACGUUUCUGGCGGGAGGAGAGGGAUGAAGGUGCCAUCUACAAUGUCUUCCUAAAGCGGGUCACCUACCAUACCCUCUCUGAGAAUGAGAACAAGAGCACCAAUGAGUUUUCGCACCUGAUGUGGGAGACGCAGAAGUUCCGCGUGAUAAAGGCAGGCACUCUCGAGAAGCUGGUUGAGUACCUGUACAUCCGUGGAGAGAUGGACUCCUCAUACAUGAACGUGUUCCUGGCCACGUAUCGCACGUUCAGCAGCACAGAGGAGGUCCUAGCGCUCCUGUUGGACCGAUACAGGGCCGUAAAGACGAAUAAAGAGGUGAAGAAUGAACUGCAAGAUGUACAGCUCAGAACAAUAAAAUCAGUGCUCUCGGUCUGGAUCGAUACAUACCCUGAGGAUUUUCGCGAACCCCCAACCUACCCGAGCCUCAGGACUCUCGAAAGUUUCGCGUUCGAUCAUCUUCCGGACUCAGACAUGGCCAUACGCGUCAAACACAAGAUGGAACGGUUUAAGAAAGAGGAUCUCAGUAAAUCUGAAGGGAGGAUAGAGUUCCACUUCAAUCUGGUGGACGAAGUGGAUCACAUGAUAGCUGCAGAGUACCAUAAGCCUCUGUCCUUCUGUGAUAUUCCCAACCAGACUGUGGCUGAGCAACUCACAUACAGGGACGCUGAGCUGUUCAAGAGAGUGGUUCCUCACCAUUGUCUGGGUGCCGUCUGGGCCCGGCGAGCUCGUAAAGUCGGCAAGGGUAACACUGUAGCGGGUAGCGUGCUGGCUACUAUUGACCAGUUUAACCGUGUCUCCCUAAGGGUGAUAGCCACCAUACUUAAGAACCCAGACCUCAAGACCACCCACCGCAUGAAAAUACUCCAGAAGUGGAUCGAAAUUGCUCAGGAAAUGCGUCACUUGAAGAACUUUUCGUCCCUCAAGGCAAUAAUCUCAGGCCUGCAGGCCAACUCUGUGUACAGACUGAGGAAGGCCUGGGGACUCUUGCCCAAGGAGAGUAUUGCCGAGUUUGAGGAGCUGUCGAAGAUUUUUUCGAAUGAGAACAACCAGCUGGCCUCUCGAAAUCUCCUUAUGAAGGAGGCCACGGCCAAAUUCCCUGAUGUUGACUCGUCAAACAAAACAUUGCGGCGCCGAAACCAGAUGAAACGACAAUCAUGGAUUGAUAAUGGUGUGGUACAAGGCACUGUCCCCUAUCUCGGCACAUUUCUAACCGACCUAACCAUGAUCGACACAGCCCUUUCUGACCUCACUGACGGGCUCAUAAACUUUGAGAAACGUCGUAAAGAGUUUGAAGUUCUCGCCCAGAUAAAGUUAUUACAGUCGGCGUCGCAGAUCUACACGUUUAAGGAGAAUGAACAGUUCUGGGCGUGGUUCGAUGCUGUACGAGUCUAUGAUGAAAAUGAAAGCUACGAGCUGUCCUGUGCCAUAGAGUUGCCUACAGAUAUUGGAACAAAAACAAAACGAAAACAAACCACAGGGUCAGGUGUUCGUCCUGGGAAGGCUGAUCAGAACCGCUUCUCGGUGUUCAUGUGUGGUGGUGUGAUCUACGACGACAAAGCUAGCAAUACUAGCAGCUCUAACCUUGACUCACCUGUCUCACCUAACACAGCGAUGUCACACUCCUCCUCUACCUCGUCUCUCCAGUCAUGUGACAGUGAUAACUCGACUCCCUUCAAGUCCCCCGAUGCCUGUGUCAUCAAGGUCUCCAUAGAGGCUAGCCCCACCCCAAAAUCUCAUGUCUACAAAAGCAUCAUGCUGUACAACACUGACCACACCCACACAGUCAUACAGCGAGUGUUGGACAAAUACGAUAUCCGGGGGAAGGAGAAAGACUUCUGCCUGCUGCAAGUGCUACCUGACAGCGAGUUGUUGAUCCCAGAAAAAGUAAAUGUGUUUUAUGCCAUGAACAAUAAUGGAGAUUAUAAGUUUGUUUUGCGAACUAAAAAGGAGCAAGAAGCUCUCACACAGAGUAAAAAACGUGGCAGACGACGGCUCAAGUUGACGUUGUGAUAAAGUGUUGUGCUCUUGCGGAUUAUAAACAGCGUUAACAGCUUUCUUGUGUUCUUGUUGGGAAGAUUUUGUGUUUUAAUGUGUUGCUGAGUAUUUUAAACUUUUAUUAGUGCUCAAUAUUAUCCUAUUGUUUUGUUUAUUUAAUAGACAAAAAGGAAAGGAUUUUUUAGUCAUUAACUUUUAUUUUAUGUUCUUGAGUUUGAUAAAUGAGUUUCAGCUUUUCAUGCUUUUGUGUUGAAAUUACAGUGUCUAUAUUUAAUAGGCCAUUAUAAGUGUUCAGAUAAAAACUAUGCUACAAUACAAUAUUCAUGUAUUCAAGGCUAUAUCAACUUCAUAAUCAUGCUUUUAGUUAUUUUUGGGUAUGUUAAAUGACUGUUUACUUGAUAUCAAUUCACACUCACAAUUCACGAUAAGUUAUUGUAAUUUAUUGUACCGCAUGUGGGACACUGACCCUGUUAGGAGUCUUAACCUAUGAAAAACAAUGAUUGUAUAACAUAUCCUUAGAUGUUACAAAAAUGAUUGUUUGUUUCUGGUUUCCUGACAGAUCUUUAUUUUUUUAAACCAACCCUUGUUAUUGCCAUCAAUUUUAUUUUUUCUGACCGUUAAAUUUAUGUUGUUAUGGUCUUAUCUAGUCAGCAAUUACUUGUGUUGUAAAUACAUGUUAUUAUAGAUUAUAUAUUUCUUUGAAGUUAACAAAGACUCAAACAAAAUGGCGAUGGCUCAAGAAUGAAAUUGGUAUUCAGACACUGCGUUACCUAACCAUGAAACAAAUCACGACCUUUCAAGCCUUCUAUUUUUGACAGUGAAAUCAGAAACAAACAAUAUAUUAGUUUGGCUUUUUUCAUAAAUUCAUUAUUUUAAGAUGAUGGUUGUUAAUAUAUUUGAGUAUUUACAGAGGUUGUUGUGCAAUUUUAUAAGAAAUGGUGCUGUCAGUUCCUCAUCAUACUCUGCCCAUACUGAUUGCUCCAUGUAAAAAGUGUUUCACCUUAAUUUUAAAUUCAUUUGGAUUGAUUACCCUUGUUUUUAAGUCUUCAAAAUAUUAUGAUUUUCCUGCUGCCAUCAAAAUACAUUGUGUUUUAAUUAGUAUGAAUACUCUUUGUUCAUAUAAUUUCAGGAUUAUAACUCGUAAGAUAUAACAGAACAAAAAAAAAGUGGGUUUUUUUUACCGUUCAGGUGGCCUUGACCUCUUAAAGGCUUGUACUAUUUCGACCACUGUUUAAUAAAAAAUGAAAUUAGAUUAUUGUUACAUAAGGACAAUGUAAAUGAGUAAUGUGGUAUUUACAAGAAUAUAUUUAUUUGUGCUCAGUCAAGCAUUUCUGACUUUUAACAAACUUUCCAAAUUUUUGAUAAACUGGUCAUGUUAUGUUUCAAUGGUCUAAAAGUAUUGGCCUCUGUAGCAUAUAGUCCCAUCAUACUGCCUGUUUUGUUCAUUUGUGUUCAUUUUACUUGUAUUAUUGAUGCACACAUGUCAUCAUGUCAUUAAACUGCUGGUCGGUAUUUGUCUUUCAUCAAAUACUAGCACAAGUUUUGGAUUGUUUAAUCCACAAAGUAUACAUGAUAGUAUAUUCUAGUCAAAAUGUAAAUAUCCAUGGUUAAUGAAGAUAACCAAAUGUUAAAGUAUCAUAGAGUUUUAGGUAAAGAGUUCAGGAAGGUUGCUGCACUCUGUCCUUUGCGGGUUGAACCGUUCUUUAAAUACACACAAAUUUAACAUAUCUGGGAGUUGAAACCUAAUAUUAUUUCUAUCAAAUGAACACAACAUCGAACACUUUCUGUCAAUUUAUAAUGUGGAAGUUUUUCCCAGCCUGUUUUUAAUGUGCCGUUUUCUCACUUGGUACCCUGUCCCUUUUCUGCAGCACCCUGUCCCUUAUCUGCAGCACCCUGUCCCUUUUCUGCAGCACACUGCCCUUUAAAAAACCUUGUUAGAACCCUAGGUAUUGAUAUUAUUGUAGUAGCUUUUUGUUUAUUAUCCAAGUAGUGCUAAAAUCCAGAAAAUAUAUAUGCUGUGCAAAAUUUCAUACUGCAAAUUUAUUGAAGUAUUUAAAUGUCUUGUUGAUUUUGUUGUUAUAUGUAUGUAAAUGUUAGUGAAUUAUACCAAAUUGUGCAAUACAUUGAAAAAGGUUAUAUAUAUAAAGAUAGUUAUAGUUCAACAGUCAAUUGUAUAAACUUGGAUAAGAUUCCACAGGUUAUCUUUAGGCUAGUUUGCACAUUUAAAUGAUUUCAUUGGUUAAUAUUUAUUUUUGGAUAAAUAUUGACCAAUCAAUAAACCCUUUGGCCAACUUUAGCCAAUCUAAAGACUUAACCAGUUUUAUACUAUUGGCUGUUGAUGUUUACAUAUUUUAAUCUCGUAGUGUUACUAGAUAAGAACAAUCAACAUUGUCAUUACCAUGUUGUAUUUAAUUUAUAAACUGUAGUUAUUUUAACAUUGUUAGUCAAUAUAUUUAUUUUUAAUUCGUCUGUUUU